AUGGGUUAUAGCAGUACAUCGGAAGAGGGCGCCAAAGCCCUUGAAGAAGGAUUAAAAAUGAAUUUAACGUUAACAAGCCUCGCUAUUGGAAUCCACACUAUAUCGAAAGAAGUAGUUCAAGCAGUUGAAGAAGCAUUGAAAAUAAACACAACAUUAAGAAGUCUUUUUAUUGAUACAGACAGCGAUAUGCAAUCUGAUCAGGUCGCAGCACUUAAAGAAAUGUUGAGGAUGAACGCAAGAUUAACUACUACUUACGUCACAUGA